AGCAUUACGCGUACUGCUCUCAGGACGUAACUUAUCCAACUUUCUUCCUUUGGGGGGGAGAAAAAAAAACAACUCGUGUUUGCGGGCAUUGGCACCGCUUUGCUUAUUUUCUCGAGUUAAAAUAAUAGUGGAGUGGUGUUGUAAAGUGUUCAUGCGCGGAGAUGCUCUUAAAAUUGUUGAGCGUGAGUUUUGGAAGUUCUGAUGUACGCAAAGGAGGGGCGCAGCGUGCCAAAGUGAGCCAACGCCGCGGGAUGAAACGGCACCAAAGAUGUCAACCUUGCUUUGCCACCCACACGAAAUCGAUUGUAUUACCCCCAAGAAGCCGGCUGCUCCACAUAUAAAUAGAGACGGGAGAAUAUUGCUCCAAAGACGGUGUUGAACAAGGAGAGCUCGCUGCGACCAGGACCAAGAUUUAAACCAUUUGAAGAAGUCAACUGUGUCCACUCGACACUAUCAUGCAGGUGGAGAGGAAAUGGCCCAUACUCCUGACUUUCCUCCUUCUGCUCAUCACCUCCGGCCAAUGUGUGGACAACAAGGAGGUCAAGCAGAAGGCGAGAGGAACCCUGUUGGAUUUAAUCGUACAGGUGAUCAAAGACGGCCAGCAAUGGGACAAACACAUUUCCAGACGCUGCAGUGGGGGACUCUUCACGUCUCUUCAAGACCCGAAGUUGUCCUCCCUUGAAAAGCCCAUGUACAUUCCUCGGCUGGAUAACAGUAAACUCAUAGAAAUUGCUCCUCGAGAUCUAAACAUGAAACACAAGUUCAUUCAACACUUCACAGCAGGACCAAUCAAGUUUUCAUCGGAAUGCAGAACACACUUUGACAGACUUUAUCACAACACAAGAGAUUGCUCAAGACCAGCAUAUUAUAAGAGAUGUGCCAGAUUGCUGACACGAUUAGCAAUGAGUCCACUCUGCACGCAAUCAUAGAGAUCUUAUGUCCCAUCACGAUGGAGGAACGUUUCUCUAAGGAAGUGCCUUCAAAAAAAUAUAUAUAUAUACUGUAUACAUAUGUAUGAACGCAAACAUUGUUGUUUUCAAUAAUGUUUUAUUUUGUUACUCUUGACAUAAAUGCUCUUGGACAGUUUAGUUAUUUUCACAUGGAUUUAUCCUCAGUAUUUCAUAUAGCACAUUGACUGUAAUGUUAAUUGUAAUGCAUGGUAUUAAUGUAAUGUUUUACAUGUUAGGAAAAUGUGUACGGUCCAUAAUAUUUCCACCAGCGUUGGAUUAUUUUGCUUUUGAUGAUGGAGGGAAAGAUUUUCCAUUCCUGUUUGAUUGAAGUCUUCUAUUGUUAUGAAACCAUCAGCCUGCCUUGCAUUGGACCAUUUGUCAUGGUCUUUUCUUCGUCACCUUUUAUUUGGCACUUGAGUGAUUGCUCACUACGAGAGCACGCAGAAUGACAACAGAAUUGAUGAUGGUGCAUUAUUGAACAAUAAAGACUAUUGAAGCAUAACAUAAACAGUGCAUUGAGAUUCUU